CUGCCAGAAAGAUGAGUUCGAGAAACCCACCCCCACUGAAACCCCGAACUAGCACUACCCCAAGCUAGUGUAGGUAGUUAGUCCGAGUGAAGAUGAUCGUCAACCUCGUGCUUAUCAGGGAGAAGAUGGGGACCUGAAUAAGCUAAGGUCAUCUCCUGCCGAUACAUUUAUAUGCGUAUAUGAUCCCACGGUGGCCAGGAUCAACACUCCCUCUUUCACACUCUCCUUUGCGCUGUUGUCCGUUCUGUUCUACCGCUAAAGUCGCGGCUCACUUCAUCGACCAUGGGGUCCCUAAAGGAUCCAAACUCGCCCUUGGGGCCGCUUGACGUGGACUCUGACCAAUUGGAUUUCCAGGUCAUCGACCCCGACUCGGGCGUCAAGCGAGGCUUGAAGACAAGGCAUUUGAGCAUGAUGGCACUCGCCGGUAUCAUUGGCCCUGGGCUCCUUGUUGGAACCGGCAAUGCUCUGUCUCAAGGUGGCCCAGCCGCCCUCAUUAUUGGCUUUGGCGUCAUCGGAAUUGUCGCAUUCAGUAUCAUGCAAAGCAUAGGAGAAAUCACUGUGUUGUACCCUUCGGGUGGCUCGUUCAUCAAGCUCGCCGACCGUUUCGUUGAUCCGGCGUUCGCCUGCGCAGUCGGCUGGAAUUAUUUCAUUAUCUGGUUCACGGUACUUGCCAACGAGUAUAAUGUUGUAACAAGUAUCCUAGAGUUCUGGAGCGACAAAGUUCCUAUUUGGGGGUACUUUCUCCUCUUAUGGUCGGCCUUCCUGGGUUUCCAAUUCCUUGGCGUUGAGAGCUUUGGAGAAGCUGAGUUCUGGCUCGCUCUCGUGAAAGUGGCGGGAUUGAUUGCAUACUAUAUCUUUGCUAUUGUCUACGCGUCUGGGGGGGUCAUAGGAGCGGACGCCAUCGGAUUUCGCUACUGGAGAGACCCCGGUGCGUUUGCUGAUGGCUUUGCUGGUGUUGCCAAGGUCUUCGUUUUCUGCAGUACUUUUUAUGUCGGGGUCGAAUCUGUUGCCGUGGCUGCUACCGAGACGAAGAAUCCCGGCGUGGCUGUGCCAAUAGCCAUUCGGCAAGUCUUUUGGCGUAUCAUCUUCGUCUACCUCGGAGCCGCUUUCUUUUUCGGACUUACAUGUCCAGCGAACGCGGAUGGCCUUAUCAAUGGUGCCAGCCGUGCCUUGAAGAGCCCUAUGACAAUCGCCAUUCAGAAUGCUGGAUGGGAGGGCGGCGUCCAUCUUAUCAACGCCUUCAUCCUAAUCACUUGCAUUUCAGCGUGCAAUAGCUCCAUAUAUAUCGCCUCACGGACUGUCUUAUUCAUGGCUCAGGACGAAAAAGCACCAAAGUUUCUCGGGCGAACAAAUAAGCGCGGUGUACCAGGUCCUGCCAUUAUAUUCACGAAUCUUUUCGGUGCGCUUUCGCUUCUUAACCUCUCCUCCGGUGCUGCGGAUGCUUAUGGAUAUAUCAUCAACCUAUCGGGCGUGGGCACGUUCCUUGUUUGGGGCGCGAUCAGCUUUACCCACAUUCGGUUCCGGCAGGCCUGGGAAGCACAGGGCUACGACGUUGAGGACCUUCCUUUUAAGUCACUCUGGUAUCCUUGGAAUGCUUAUUUUGGACUUUUCGCCAACAUAUUCCUCGCUUUGGUGCAAGGGUGGUCAACUUUUGCACCCUUCAACGCUGGGAACUUCGUUGAUGCAUAUAUCCUUCUGCCUCUAUUCUUCAUUAUCUAUGUGGCAUUCAAGUUUUGGAAUAAGACUCGGUUCUGGCGGCUGGACGAAAUAGAUCUCCAGGCAGGGCGGCGUCGAGAUUUAGAUGAGGUGGUAGUACCCUCAGAGGGCACUGAAAAGUCCUGGUGGCGAAAGCUCUGGGACAGCAUGUGAUUCUUGUAUAUAUUUUUGACUUGCCAUGACUACCACAUCAGUACAGACGUACAUAGAGUAUCCAACUAACUCGCAAAGCCUUUGUAAUCCGCACUCUAUAUUAUAUAUUUGCCUGGCCUUUGGUCCUUCACUUCUAUUUUACCGCGCGGUUUAUUCUGUCAGCAUCUCAUGGUCAAUAGCUCACUUCAACUACAAUUGCCAAGAACCUUUUUAACAUGAUCAAUCCAGCUUCCUCGCUCCGUACUUACAUCCCCGGAAGAAUGGAAGGUAAUGUCGUAUAACCAAGCUACACCUAGGGCAUUUUCCGCCAAUAUCCAUCGGCUAAAC